GGUUGGGCAAUUGCGCAUGGUUUUCCAGUAACCUCUGUUCUUGUAAUUUGAACUUCGAAACUUCACUCAAAGGCGAAUUCGAAGCACUCAUCAUUCAUGACUAGCCAUUUGAGGCCAAAAUUAUUGGCUGCUUCUCGCUCUCAGCUUCGUCGCUACAUUUCCUCCGCCGCUUCUCAAUUUCAAGCCCUUGACCCUCCUCCUACUGUUUCCUCUCGUAGAGUGGUCGUCACUGGUUUGGGAAUGGUGACGCCGCUGGGUUGCGGAGUGGAAACAACGUGGAAGAGUCUGAUAGAGGGGGAAUGCGGGAUAAGGGCGAUAACUACUGAAGAUCUCAAGAUGAAUUCAUUUGACCGAGAAACCCAGUUACAUACAUUCGAUCAAUUGACCUCCAAAGUUGCCGCAAUCGUGCCUUGCGGGACUAACCCGGGUGAAUUCAACGAAGACAUGUGGCUGCGUUCUAAGGACCAUAGGUCAAUUGCGAGAUUUAUAGGUUUUGCACUAUGUGCUGCUGAUGAAGCUCUGAAGGAUGCAUUGUGGGAACCUUCUAAGCAAAAGCAGAAGGAAAGAACGGGAGUCUCUAUUGGUGGGGGCAUUGGAAGCAUUAGUGACAUACUGGAUGCAGCACAGAUGAUCUGUGAGAAGCGACUUCGAAGGGUUAGUCCAUAUUUUAUCCCACGGAUAUUAAUAAACAUGGCAUCUGGUCAUGUUAGCAUGAAAUAUGGAUUCCAGGGACCAAACCAUGCUGCUGUGACAGCCUGUGCCACUGGGGCACAUUCAAUUGGUGAUGCUACAAGGAUGAUACAAUUCGGGGAUGCAGAUGUUAUGGUGGCUGGUGGCACAGAGUCUAGCAUUGAUGCUUUAUCCAUAGCUGGAUUUUGCAGAUCAAGGGCUUUGACGUCAAAAUACAACUCCAACCCACUACAAGCUUCACGACCUUUUGACUGUGGUCGGGAUGGUUUUGUGAUAGGUGAAGGUUGUGGUGUCUUGGUUUUGGAGGAACUUGAGCAUGCAAAAGAACGAAGAGCAAAAAUAUACGCUGAGGUUCGUGGCUAUGGCAUGUCAGGUGAUGCAUAUCAUAUUACCCAACCACACACUGAUGGAAGAGGUGCUAUUUUGGCCAUGACCCGUGCCUUAAAACAGUCCGGUCUUCAUCCCAAUCAAGUGGACUAUGUAAAUGCUCAUGCCACAUCGACACCUUUAGGUGAUGCUGUAGAAGCCCGUGCAAUCAAAACCGUAUUUUCUGAUCAUGCUGCAUCAGGUGCUUUAGCCUUUUCCUCAACAAAGGGGGCCAUUGGUCAUCUCCUUGGAGCAGCUGGAGCUGUGGAAUCAAUUUUUACAGUAUUAGCCAUUCACCAUGACAUUGCACCAUUGACUCUGAACCUCACUAAACCAGAUCCAAUAUUUAAUGAUAGUUUUAUGCCAUUGACUCUGUCAAGAGAGAUGCCUGUAAAAUCCGCUAUAUCAAAUUCUUUUGGCUUUGGAGGAACAAAUGCAUCUUUGCUGUUCACAUCUCCCUGUAGCAGUUAAUCAGUCACUUUUGCUCCAAACUUUCAAAAUUGCAAGUCAUUUCUUCCAUGCAUCCUGUUACUGGAGCUAAAUGAAAUAUAUGAUUAUCGCUUUGUCAGGUGCAGUCAGUCAGAUCUUAAGAUCUUGAAAGUUACUGGGAUUGAACGUCUAAGCAAGAAAUGACCAUCUUUGAUGUAUUUUUUUGGGUUUUGUACAUUAGGAAGCUUGUUCCUUGACCAGUUAUUCAGCUUAGCAAAAUUACUGACUAGUUUUUCGAUUUAUUUAUGUAAUUAGCUUGUAUUUAAAAUUUAAGACCAUUACAAUAGUGUGCAAUCUUUUAUUCUUUCACGAGGAAACCACUUAUAGUA